UAGUCUUCUCACCAAUAAAUUCCUUAAAAAAACGUAUUAAAUUAUAUUUCCAAAAACCCUGGUGUUAGUGUGACUGCAGAUAAAAAUAAAUAAACAUUACAAUAUAAUUGGCAAUAUGCUGGCAGUGGCUUUUAUAUUAUUUGUGUUGCAAUAUAUAGCCGCGGAACAGAUGAUACAACCUAUGGGAUUCUUAUCUGACUGUCCAGGUUCCUCAAAACCGGCAGACAUUAAGCCGAAAUCUUUGAAGAAACUUACAAUGUCUGUCUUAGGCACAGGCUCUUUGUUUGAAGCCAACUGGACAUCUUACAACUACUACAAAAUCAAAUAUUUACCUGAUCAUCCAGAAAUUGACUUCAAGAAUAAAAAGACUUUACUAUAUGUUCCUGGAUAUUUGGAUAACAUUGACGCCCCUGUUGGUAGAGGAUUUGGACAACAAUAUAAGGAAAGGGGAUAUAACGUGAUCAUUUUGGAAUCUUUUACUUGGACAACUGACUUAUGGCCUGUAUCAGCGCGCUUGUUGCGCCCGGUCGGUAAAUACGCCGCCCAAAUGUUAGCCACCUUAACAACUCUAGGUUUAAACCCCAAAGACCUUGAACUGUUGGGAGUCAGUCUGGGUGGGCAGACCAUGAGCUUCAUAGCUAAAAACUACCGCAACAUCACCGGACAGACCAUCGCUAAGCUAGUAGCCGUAGAACCCACAGGACCCUGCUUUAGAAACCUAGGACCUGACGAAAGAAUCGACAUAUCUGAUGGCGAUUUUGUACUUCACAUUGCUAGUAAUAUAUACGGUUUCGGCAUGACGUAUCCCGUUGGCCAUGUCGCUUUUUACGUCAAUGGGGGCGAGUGGCAACAGUCACACAUAUGGUAUGCGCCUUGCGGUAUCAUUUGCAGUCACAUUAGAGCCUUAUUGGUUUGGAUAUCUGCUUUGAACAAUCCUGGAAAAUUUAUAGGAGUACAAUGUGACUCUGUGGAGAAAGCCGUACGCGGCGAUUGUUUCGACAAGAAAGACAAAGUCACCAAUGCGUUAGACAUUUUUACAGACAACUCAAAACCUGGUAUUUAUUUCUUACCUACGCGUAACAGUUAUCCGUUUUACCUUGCUAACAAAGGCGUAGAAUUUAGUUCGGGAUUUGAGUAUAUAAACAAUUUUCUGGAGCGAGUCAAUAAAGAGGACAUGAUGUUGGUUUAGCUACAAUAAUUAUAUUACAUGGCAUCGUUAUUUUAUUACUAAUGUCGGAUGACACGCCGAUGUUCGCUUUUUUGGAUCUUAAAAAUCGUUUAUGACAUAGUCUCUUACCGGUAUUAUGGCAUAAAUAACUUAUCAUCAUCACAUCAUCAUAACGUCAUCUCACUUAUUCAGCAUUGGUAUGGGAACCAAAAAUUAGUCUUAAGUGGGCGGCUCCGAGAAACAGGUACGUCAUGCAGUGCGGAAUCAGACAGGGUGGUAUAAGCUCUCCGUUAUUGUUCAAUAUUUAUCAAUGGCUUAAGCUAUGCUGACGAUUUAGUGUUGCUGAGCUCCUCGAUGGAUAGUCUUAUAAAAAUGUCUGGAUUUCCAAAAAAAUAUACUUAUGCGGAAGUUAUCAAAUGUCGGAGUUUAAGCUAUGUGGAAGUCCAUUACAAAGAGUGGAUAUAUUAAAGUACCUGGGCUACCGGGUCACAGGCGCACGGUCUGAUGUGGAGGACAUUGAAAUUGGAAUGAAAUGAAUGGUGCUUAGGAUGCUGUUUAGGUUGUCACGGUAAUUGUAGCGCCUCCGACUAGGACAAACUUUAUUUGUCAUAAUGAAAAAUUGUUGCGCAACACCCUCACGCAGCCGACACUGCAGGAACAGCAUUCUAGGGUCGAUGAUAAAAUUCGAGAUCAAAAACAUAAAAAAAAAUAUCAGUAUUUGAAGUCACAUUGCAGGGUAAAUACUCGUAACAUUUAAUUUUGUUUAUUUAUGUUUUUGAUCUUCAGUGCGAUCACUGACCUUACAGCCUGGCUAACUAGAGUAGAAAUUAAUAGGUGCGCCACCACCGGUUUGAAUGUGACAUCUUUUGAGUCACUCUUGUAUGAGAGCAUUAAGCGUUGCUAAGAAAAAAAAAGUUCCAUCUGUGGUUGGUGCAACGUUGGGAGACCCCUAGUCAAUCGGUAAUUUCAGCUGUGAAUGUGUUAUACCGCGAAAGUUAUAAAUGUUGUAUUGUUAGGUUAUGUUGGUUUUGUCCGUGUUUGUUUUUGUUUAAUUAUUAAGUAAUAUUAAUUCUUGAUGUGUAAGCUUUGGUCUUAUACUCUGUCAAACAAGUCUGUCAGUAAAUAAGAACAAAGAAAACUAUAUGCAUCCUUUUCUUUAGGGUGCUAGAGAAAAAGAUACCUAUAGUUUUGUUUGUUCUUAUUUACUUACAGACUUGUUUUACAGAGUAUAGGUAACCCUUUUGACUUAAUCGCUGA